AUGUUAGGCCAGAUUGCAUGUCUGUUGCAGCUGUUAUUUUUGGCAGGGCUCUCCUCUGCGGAUCAUAAGGGACCACAACUCACAAACCUAACCGAGACAGAGAUUAAGUAUGCUCACAUAUAUUGGAAGUACAAGCCGACGGAGCGGAUAACUCGCGAUGUCGGUCAGCCUGUCGGGUCCCGUCUUACAAAUCUUGGCUACCGAUUUUUAGUACCGUCAGCUGAGCGUUUGGCUGGCAUCACUUAUGUUGGGCACGCAGCGCGUUUACGGCUGGCGCUGGAGCGGGCACGAAAUGGGGAGGCGCUCCGUAUCGGUGCCCUGGGCGGCAGCAUCACCACAGGCCACGGCGUCGGUGGUGGCAACUACACUUACCUGCAAUACUUCAUGGACUGGCUUAACGCCGCAAUGCCGCCGCAUCAAAGCUCUUCGGAAGCAGGCGGCGACACAGCGUCAGCAGGCGAAACGGGAGCUGUGGAUCCAGGGCCCAGACGGCGGGUACUUCACGGCUGGGUCGACAAGGCUGGGGGAGCUGCCAAGGGUGAAUCUGUUAUUGGCGGUGGCCGCAAUGACCGUGUUGGCCGUAUCCGCCGCGGCCUGCGCGGCGAUGGUCCCCGCCACAUGCUCAUGUGGCCGCAACGACAACGCAACCUGUUGAGUGCUGAGCACAGCUUCCUGAACGGUGCAGUGCCAGGCACCAUGUCGGGCUACACCAGCAGCUGUCUCAAGAUCCACCUUAUUCCAAAUCCGGAUUUGGUGUUUGUGGAAUUCACGGUCAACGACUCGCACCUCAGCAGCUGGGGAGAAGAGGACUCCCCACGCCGGCCGCUGGAGCGCCUGCUUCGCAAGGUGCUCAACCUGCCGUCCAACCCGGCUGUGGUGCUGGUCAACAUGUUCGCCAUGGGGCCCUCUAACGGCAUUUAUUGGCAGACGGCGGAGCGGGAGUUCAUGGAGUUCACCGCUUACUACGGCCUGCCCUCGGUAAGCUUGCGGGCCGCGGUGUUCCCUUCCGCGACCGCGGGCGGCGCGGAGGAGGUGUCGCCGGGCGCCAUAUUCAACGGCGGUGCGAUGCACCCGGGUCGUGGCGGCCACGUGGUGGUUACGGAGCUUCUUAUAACGCUUUGCCUGGAGGUGGCUUUGGUGGCGGCAAGACCGCUGCCCCCACCCCUCUUCCCUGGCAAUCAUGGGGCGACCGUGGAGACGUGCUACAUCCAGGACCAGCUGCAAGCCCUGGUGCAGCAACCUGUGGUCGGCUGGAAUUGGACUGAUGAAGGUCGUGGGAAGUGGGGCUAUGUGGCCACCGAGCCGGGGAAGACCAUAAAGUUAAAGGUCAACACUCAAAUAGGGAUGGGGGGGAGCAGCAGCUCUAUAGACGGCGACGGAGAGGGAGCGGAGCUGCAACCCAUCAUUGUACAGGUCGCCUACCUACAGAGCUAUCGCGGCAUGGGUACUGCUCGCCUGAGCUGCGAGGCCGGUUGUAAUUGCACGUCCAUCCUCCUGGAUGCGUACGACGCUCGUCCCGCGUCCCUGGCUGUCACAGUGGACAUCAAGGUGACGCAGCACUCGGAGUGUCAUUUGGAGCUCAAGUCCGGUCUACCCAGCGCUAAGGCGGUGCAGGCGGCGAAGAGCGGCGCGGCGGAGGGCGUUACGGGCCUCAGCAGCGGCUGGGAGGGCAGCAGCAAAGGCCUCCUAGGCUACAAGUUCAAGCUGAUUGGCCUCGUGGUGGGUGAGGACCCGGGCGCCGCCAAGGGAACCGUCACCUUCGUGCGCGGCAACACAGCGGACAUUUUCAACCGCAUGCAGGCCCUGGGCAGUGACAAGCCGCAGAAAUCGCGGGAAUAA